ACUUCAAGAUACCGUAUAAAAAGCUAAAGGAGGGAAAUCUUCGAAAUAUUCAAACGUUUUGAUAUGUAAAAGCGGCCAGCAUACAUACUUUGGAGAUGCCUAAAGCGAAAGCAAAGAAGAGUAAGACCAAACGUCGCCAUGAAAGCAGUAGCAGUAGUAGCUAUGACGACUCCAGUGACUCGUACUCUAGCUCAGCCAGUGAUUCAGAGGAUGAUUACAAAGUAAGAAAGAAACAGAAGGCUGAUGCUCCUUCCAAAAAGCAACAGAAGAAAAUCAAGAUAAAGGCAGAGAAAGAAAAGAAGAAAAAGACUAAAAAUAAAAUAACAAAGGAUGAUUACUACAGCAAGAGUAAAGAAUUCAGAGUUUGGCUGAUGGAAGAGAAAAACAAACCACUGGAUGAACUUACAUCCAAGAAGGCAAAAGAGUAUUUCAAGAAGUUUGUGAAAAAAUGGAACUCUGGCAAACUACUGAAGAAAUUUUACAAGGGCAUUGACUUUGCUGAUGAGAAAUCUUCACUGACAAACUACAAAUGGAAGUUUUCAGGUAAACGGCACCCGUCCCUGUCACGUGAUCUGGAUGGUAGCAUCAGCAUGUCGCCCUUCAAGACUCCGCAGCCGACAAAGUUCUCUACGUUUGGGAAGACCGCCCACAAGGAUGCUGCAGGCAGCAAAAGCGUUCCUCCCGACGCAAAGUUCAUUGGCCCCAGCAGACCGCCACCAAUGUCUCAGGUUGAGAUAGAAAACAACAGAGAAACAGAAAGAAAGAGAGUGCAGAAAGAGAGGAAAGAGUUUAACAGCCACAAUAAAAUGGUGAUGGAUGAAUUGGCCCCCAAGGCUACCGGGCGUGAGGCUAAGAUACAGAAGAAAGCCAUCCGAGCUCAAGAGAGGAGAGAGAGGGAAGCUAGUCCUGGACUAGGGGUAGAGACCAAGUCUAUCAUGGGUGGACCGAGCUACGAUGAUGUGAUGGAGAGAAGGCGGAGGAAGAAGGAAGACAAGAAGGAUAACAUGGUGCAUAAAGCCAACAUGAAACUGACGGAAUACCAACUCAAAGAGCAAGCCAAGAUGAAGGCUCUUUUUGAGAUGGCUAAGGCUCAUAAGAACGAGAACUCACUCUGGAAAUGAAGCGAUAGGAGCAAAGACUCAUUAGAAAUCAUUACAGUUGGUAGAAAUCUACUUGCCCCUUUCCUGGGGCAACCAAAAUGAGAAUGCUCUAUCAAAUAAUUAAGGAAAAUGAUAGAAGAUGAGCAAAGACUCACUGCAUCUCAUUGAUCAGGCACUUGUGCUUGCCGUUCUCCUCGGGCAACUCAAAAUUUGAACUGAUUGAAAAUCCAUUUGCCCCUGUUGCCGGGGCAACCUUGAAUGAGAGCUUUAUGGAAAUGAAGCAUCCAGACAGAGACUUGAUAGAAAUUAUUCAUGCUACUCUGUAUCUAUUUGCCCUUUCCUGGGGCAACCGAAAAUGAGAAUUCUCUAUGGAAUUAUGCUGAUAGUGAAGCAGAAAGAGCAAAGACUUAUUAAAUCAUCCUGCGGCUACGCAUCAACCUGCCAUCCUUCUGAGGGCAACCAAAGUGGUAGCAAAGACGCAACAUUGAUUAAUCUUGCUGCUGCUGCUGCUAGAUCAGGGCAACCAAAAAUUGAUUGAUGGCCAAGCAUGAGAUUAGUACUUGCCUUAGUGGGCCGGUGAAGCUAUUCAGGUAUACAUUGCCAAGAAUAAUAAAUGUAAUUUUCAUAU